AUGCCCCAUGAAUUCGAGCAUUCCAAUCGAGGCAAAUGGCAUUCUUCCCCUUUCGACAUUUGGUAUCUCUUUGUUACCCGAGGUCGCCCUGAAAAUACCGGAUUUCGAGGAGCGGCAGUUCUUCGGCUGUUUGCAAAUUCUUCUCAGUCAGAAAUGGGUUGCUAUUCCUCCAUUGUCACCAACGGUGUUACCCUUGCGCAUCCUUUUGCAGCAACAAGUAUUCUGGGAGUUUUAGUCCUUUGCGGCAUCUUUUCAUCCACCGCGUUAGCGAUAUAUGGGGCAGAUGUCGCUUUUAUUCGGAGUAAGUAUACUCAUUCUCCGUCUGUGUUCGUAUCAUUUUCGAUCCUACACCACAUAUACCUUAGCGGCGCACUGCCCCUUAACUGGCCAAGCGUGUUGGUCGCCUUCUGGUCAAACUUUGCCUGGUUCUCUGGGGUUAUUUACAACGAAAAAAUGCAAAAUGCGAUCAAUGAAAUUAUUGGAACCCGAAGAGGGGACAACCGCCAGAGGGGGGAAUCGUUAGCUAGAAUCUCCAAUAGUAAUUCUAGACCCAGGUUCAAUAUCUCCAAAAUAUACAACAGAAAACUUCACCCGGCUACAAGCGACCUGGAAAUGCCACAAAAACAUUUCGGCUCUCUGCUGUUAAAACAAGAUAUUCUCCGUUCAUCCAAGAGAUCUCCGUGGUUUGGCACAGUUAUAAAACCUGGCCUUCCUUUACCCGGAGAUAACCACGGAUUUGCAGGCACGCUUGCACAGGAGAAAAUACCGACAUCAAAUGCCUUUCUGACAGUUCUUAUCUGGUUUCUUAUUUUUGUUUUUACUGUGGCAAGCGUAAUGAUCCUCAUUAGGCUCAUUGUUGAGGGUUAUUGCAAUUUGAAGCCUGUAAAAAAAGAACGGUUUGCUUGCUUUCGAAAGAAUUGGCGUGCGUUCCUCGCUUCAGCCGUAUUGCGGGCCCUUUUUAUUGUUUUCUUUAUGGCCACAUCUCUUGCAUUAUUCCAGCUUUCUUUAGGUGGAUCGGCUUCUGUCAUUGCGCUCUCCUCGACGGGCUUUAUUUUACUAUUCAUUGGUAUGUGGACAAUAAUGGGUUAUGCUGUAUCGUACCGCUUAAGGAACGGCAGAUUUGUGUGCCAUUCGAAUCGGUUACUUGUGGUUUGUACAAAGAUUUUUGGGCACUUCCCCUGCUAUCAACUGGCGAGACGAAGUCGUAUGGUGCAAAGCGAAGAGGUUAUGAAGGUUUUAGUGUCUAUUCCUUGGUGGAAGGUAUAUGAAAUGGAUACAAUAUCUCCAUUUAUACAUCAGACUCCGAUUCACGAAGAUACAAGGUUUCUGCAACAGUUUGGCUGGCUUUCGGCUUGUUAUCGGCGAUCCACAUGGUGGUUUUCUACGGUGUGGUUGGGCUACGAAUUUAUACGUGCUUGUUUCAUCGGAGUGAGUUCGAGCAAUGCAAUGAUCCAGGUGUUCGGCCUACUCGCAGUCGAGUGUAUUGCUCUUGUUUGCCUAUGCUGGCUCAGACCCUUUGAGACCACUCGCAUCAAUAUUCUGAUGGUUUACCUCCUCGGCUUCAGCAAGGUGAUUACUGUGGCGUUAUCUUCUCUUUUCGACCCCCGUUUCAACCUGGAGCGAAGUACUACCACAAUUAUAGGGUUUACCAUAAUAAUUACCCAAGGACUCCUCACCUCAUGUCUACUUAUCUACAUCUUCCUUGGAAUUAUUUCCAGCUUCAUUUCCAUCACGCGUCAUCACACAGAGCCCUCUAGCAUCGAAGCAAUCAACAACGGCACCUUUACUAGACUACGCAAGAACCGGCUGGUUUAUAUUGAAAGAUUUCUUUGUGGAUUAUGCCGUCCUCGCCUACCCAAAACUUCAGAGGAGCCCGAGAUUCAGAAAAGGCCUUCGUUCCAUUUUGGCUCUUUCCAAAGUUGUCCUAAGAUUGAAAACGCGGAAACGGAUAAUUCAAGCACUCGCUAUUCAGCAAAUCUGUCUGACAUGGCAUAUUCAUACAAUUCUGAGUCUCGAACAAUUCCACACCAUCAGAGGAGCUACGAUUCUAUGAAAACGCUCCACAGCAACCCAUGUCUUUGUCCUCGUCAAUACAGUUGUGUACGCUCAGUUCUUACGUGCAAUACGUUGACACCACACUCCUCAAGCCCAAUCUCCCCGUUAGGGACAAUCCAUUCGGAGUCCCGCACACUCCAUGAAGAAUUAGCAGAGGAUCCGAGAUGGCAAGCGGCAUACCAAGGUCUUGUUUAA